AUGGCCACAUACAAUUUAAGAAGCCCAGCUGUGAAGCGUCUCUUGCAAGAAGCUCGAGAAUUACAGCAAGAUAACUGUUGUGACUACACCGCUCAACCUCUUGAGGAUAAUCUGUUUGAAUGGCAUUUUGUGAUCCGCGGCCCCGAUGGUACCGAAUUUGAAGGUGGAAGAUAUCAUGGACGAAUUCUUUUACCUUCAGAAUAUCCCUUCAAACCGCCUAAUUUAAUGCUCUCGACUCCAAACGGUCGAUUUGAGUUAAAUAAAAAAAUUUGUUUGAGUAUCACUGGAUAUCACCCAGAAUAUUGGCUUCCGGCAUGGGGAACUAAUGGUGCAAUUGGUGGAAUUGAUUAUACCGAGGCUGAAAGGAGAUUAUUGGCACGAAAAUCGCAUAACUGGAUAUGUUAUACAUGUGGUAUAUCCAAUAUUGAUAAGUUACCAGAUGAUAAGAGUAAUACACAUCAAUCUUCGCACACAAGCUCUGAGGACAGCUUAGAUAGUAAAGUCUCUAAAGAAAAUGAAAUAAUGCCACAAUUUUCUUUUGUAUAUGAUGAUGAACGGCGUGUGAACGAUAAAGAUAACAACGAUCAUACUUCAAAAGGCAAGAAUUCUGCCUCAUCUUCAACUUCCUUUAUCUCGGCACAAAGUGUGGAUUCUGAAAGCACAACAAAUCAUCGUGAUACCAAACCCAAUGAAUCAUCUAUGCCUGAGACCAGCCCCGUAAAGCAACAAUCAUCUAUGCCUGAGACCAGCCCCGUAGAGCGACGAUCAACUAUUGCACCUUCACCAUCCAGAAAUUCAUCUUACCCAGCUCCAAGUUUUAGUGAAAAAACAUCGAUAAUUAAAGAUUUGGCUGCUGAUCCAUCUUUGGCAAAAAAAACAUGUACUCAAUGUGGAUUUACUGUAGCGGUACACUUUGAAGCACAAUCUCGUCGUAUUGACACGAAAAUGACAUUAUAUUAUGCUUGCGGAAAUAUUAAUUGUGGAUAUCGUUGGACAGAUUUUGAUAAUGAAAAUACGGAUUUUCAUGCUAUACAGGAUGAAGAAUAUGAUGACCAAGAUUACCUAGGUAGAGAGGAUUAUGAUGUAGCUAACCAAAUUGAUCAAAUUGAUGAUGCAAAUUAUGAAGACUUGUCAUAUCCAGUUGAAAAUAUAGAAUCUGAAGCUAUAGAUACUAGUGCUGCUCAAUACCAACAUAAUCCUGAAGAUUGGUAA